AUGCGGCGUAUUGCUUUUUUCAGUGUCAUUGGGUCCUUGGUGCUAGCCAUUAUUGUUCUCAUGAUCACCCUUUCAAUCGUGCUCACCAGACAUCAUGACUACCCAGAUAUGUGGAAGCCAACUGGGUCAAAUAUCGAUGACCUGACCUAUACUGUCAAGGAAAACGCUCCCAUUUGGGCUCUCCAUGACUUCCCCGACCCGGGCCUCAUCCAGCACAACGGUACAUGGUAUGCGUUUGCUACAAACCCGAGGAAGGGUGACCCGGAUACGAUUCAUGUGCCCGUCGCGACAUCAACCAACUUUAUCUAUUGGACCUUGCACGAGGGCUAUGAUGCGAUGCCGACAGUCGGUCAGUGGCAGAAGAAGGUCAACACUUGGGCUCCGGAUCUGAUACAACGGGAUGAUGGGAAAUUCGUCCUUUAUUACGCAGGAGAGACGAAGGAUUUCUCCCCACACCACUGCAUUGGAGCAGCAGUAUCGAAUGGAAUAGACCCAAUGGGGCCAUAUAUUCCUCUCAAUGAAUCACUGGCUUGCCCACACGAAUACGGGGGUGCCAUUGAUCCAUCUCCAUUCAGAGACACGGACGGCAAGCUCUAUUUGGUCUACAAGGGUGACGGCAACAGCGUUGGAUCCGGGGGCGCCUGCGGUAAUAGCAAUUCACCCCGCAAAUCUGUACCGAUCUUCCUACAGGAGUUAAAAAGUGAUGGUAUCACCAAAGUCGGCGAACCAGUGAUCAUCCUCGACAUCAACAAGAUUGAUGGCCCGCUAGUCGAAGCGCCGGACAUCAUACGCACUGAAAACGGCACAUACUACCUUUUUUUCUCGUCUCACUGUUUUACCUCGCUGGGCUACAACGUCAAAUAUGCCCAUUCGAAGUCGAUCAAGGGACCCUACAAGAGAGCAGAUAGGCCGCUCCUUCAGACAGAAGACUUCGGCCUCGAGGCUCCUGGCGGUGCAACUAUAUCUCCCAGUGGGGAUAAAAUGGUAUUUCAUGCAAACUGUGAUGGUUGGCGGUGCAUGUACGCUGCAGCCAUUGAUAUUCGGCCCAACAAUGACACCAUUGUCCUGUCUUCGCUGACAUUAGAGAGUUCUGGGUCGACGAACUCUACGAGAUCUACUGGAAGCUCCUAA